AUGACUUCCCUGCUAUUUCAAUCCGCAGCUGCGUUGCGUUGGGGAUCCCUCGCCCAGGGCUUUGGUCUCGUGCUUGUGGUCUACCUACUUACCACGACCGUCAAAUCAUGGACUCGUUUGUCCCACAUUCCCGGUCCUUUUCUCUCUUCAUUAUCAUACUGGUCAAUGUUUCGGAUCCGCACUCGAGGCUCUCGUGCAUACACUGAGUACGUUAACCUAUCGACAAAAUAUGGCGAUCUCGUCCGUAUAGGUCCCAACGACCUGAUAACAUCCGAUGUACAACUCAUCAGGCGCAUGUCGGCGGCCAAGUCAACAUAUGGGCGGAGCAGCUGGUACAAGGCAACCCGGCUAGAUCCAUAUCAUGAUAUGAUGGGCAGCGUACUUGAUAAGUCUGUUCAUCAUUCGUUAAGGACGAAGUUGCAACCAGGAUACUUGGGCAAGGAUAUUCCGGGGUUGGAGACAAGCAUUGAUUCUGGAAUUGCGGACUUGGUGAGCUUGAUUCAAAGAAGCUACGCCAUCAAGUUUGCUUCGUCGACGCCAGAACAAAGUGGAAUUGCAGAACCUCCGGAGCGGACGCUAGUAGAUUUCGGUCGACUCGCGCACUAUUAUGCCAUGGACGCUCGCUCGAGAAUGUCCUUUGGGCAGCCUCUCGGGCUUCUCCGGAAUGACACGGACGUCUUCGGACUGGUUGCAAUAUCGAACCUGGCGAUAGAUGUCUUGCAGUUUUUCACAGAUAUCCCACCCCUCCAAUGGAUCGGCACGUCAGACCUCACUCUAAGACUGUUUGGCCCGAAGCCGACGGAUAAGAGCGGCUUUGGGAAGAUCAUGGGCCUUGCCAAAGAGCAUGUUGCCGCCCGAUUUGGACCCAACGCAAUAGACGAGCCCGAUUUGCUUGGGUCAUUUAUACGACGCGGCCUUGAUCAGCGCUCAGCGCAAUCCGAAAUUAUGUUCCCAAUGGUCGCUGGUUCUGAUACAGCAGGCAAGGCUAUAAAGUGGACACUGCAUUACAUUCUUGCGAACCAGUCUGUAUAUAAGUCUCUUGCGCGGGAAGUCGAGAAUGCUAUAAUAGACGGGAUGAUAUCAGACCCCAUCAGCUACGAAGAGGCCCAGAGACUGCCAUACCUCCAGGCGGUCAUAUAUGAGUCCCUCCGCGUGAGGCCACCUUUUUCAGGCCUAGUGAUGAAACAGGUUGGGCCUGAUGGCGAUAUCUACAACGGAAUAAUGCUACCCGCAGGCACACGAAUUGGGCAUGACAUUACGUCAGUGACUCACAAUAAAUGUCUUUUCGGCCAAGAUGCUGAUUUGUUCCGACCUGAACGAUGGCUAGAAGCUGAACCCGACACAGUGAAGUCGUGGAAGAAACAGACUGAGCUCGUCUUUGGAGUAGGCCGUUGGCAGUGCACAGGCAAGUCCGUAGCAUUCUUGGAGCUCAACAAGAUCUUUGUCCAGCUCAUCCGAAACUUUGAGUUUCAGCCCUCGAAUGCCGAAAUGAUGGUGACAAUCUUCGAUCGCAGGGAAAACGCACUAGAGAAUGCUAGCAGGACUCAAGAAGUUUGA